CCUCGCUUUCUGGGGUUUAGGGAGCGAGAACAAGAACGGAGGAGUGCUUGAAGACGGAAGGGGAUGGCCUCGCCGGCUCUCAGCCCACCGGCGAUCUCGCGCUUCUCCAAGCCCUCGCCCCUGCUCCUUCCGCUCCCCGCAUUUUAUAGAGCAAAUCUCGAACGCUAUCAGCUCAAGAGGCGCCUCUUUGUCUCCGCCGGACUGAGGCAUCGUCUCAAGAACGGCCGUUUUAGGGUAUGGAGCUCGGAAUCGGACUCCACCGUAGUCUCCAAUGGCGAAGCGGAAGCUAUGGAAGGAGCAAGGACGGCAGAGGAGAUGGAGUCGUAUCGGCUUUUCGAGAAGUUGAAGGAGGCUGAGCGACAACGUAUUGAUAAAUUGGAAAAGUUUGAGAAUAAAGCAAAUAUGCAAUUGGAGAGGCAGCUUAUCAUGGCUUCCUGUUGGAGCAGGUCAUUGCUGACCUUGCAAGGAAAAUUGAAGGGAACAGAAUGGGACCCCGAGAACUCUCACAAGAUUGAUUUUAGUGAAUUUUGGACGCUUCUUAACUCAAACAAUGUCCAAUUCAUGGAAUACUCUAAUUUUGGCCAAACAAUCUCUGUAAUUUUACCAUAUUAUAAAGAUGGAAGAAAAGGGGAAGGAAUUGAAAAUUCAAAUAGAGAAAUUGUAUUUCGCCGCCAUAUUGUUGAUCGACUGCCAAUUGACGGUUGGAAUGAUAUUUGGAAUAAGCUGCAUCAGCAACUGAUAAAUGUUGAUGUUAUUAAUGUGGAUUCUGUACCUGCUGAGAUCUACUCCACCGUUGCAACUGCUGUUGUAUGGUCUAUGCGGUUGGCCCUCUCGAUUGCAGUAUACCUUUGGGUUGAUAGUGUGACAAGACCAAUUUACUCCAAGUUAAUUCCCUGCGAUUUGGGCAAACCUGCACCAAAAGUAAGGCAGCCCCUCAAGCGCCGUGCUCUUGGAUCUUUAGGCAAAAGUCGGGCAAAAUUCAUAUCCGCAGAAGAAACUACAGGUAUCACCUUUGAUGAUUUUGCUGGCCAGGAUUACAUAAAGAGGGAAUUGCAAGAAAUCGUGCGUAUCCUUAAAAAUGAUGAGGAAUUUCAAGAUAAGGGCAUUUACUGCCCAAAAGGUGUGCUUCUUCAUGGACCACCUGGAACUGGAAAGACUCUGCUGGCUAAAGCCAUUGCUGGUGAAGCAGGUCUCCCUUUCUUUGCUGCAAAUGGCACUGAUUUUGUUGAGAUGUUUGUAGGUGUUGCAGCAGCACGUGUUAAGGAUCUUUUUGCUAAUGCAAGAUCAUUUGCACCAUCUAUAAUCUUUAUUGAUGAGAUCGAUGCAAUAGGUAGUAAACGCGGUGGGCCUGAUAUUGGUGGGGGUGGUGCUGAAAGGGAGCAAGGCUUGCUUCAGAUUUUAACUGAGCUGGAUGGAUUUAAAGAAUCAACAUCACAGGUGUUAGUUAUAGGUGCAACCAAUCGCUUGGAUAUAUUGGAUCCAGCUCUGUUGAGAAAGGGUCGCUUUGACAAAAUUAUUAGGGUUGGCUUGCCAUCUAAAGAUGGAAGGUUGGCCAUACUGCAGGUGCAUGCUAGGAACAAGUUUUUCAGAUCAGAAAAGGAAAAAGAGGCCCUUCUACAAGAGAUUGCAGAGCUUACAGUAGAUUUUACUGGAGCUGAGCUGCAAAAUAUAUUGAAUGAGGCUGGUAUUUUGACUGCAAGAAAGGAUCAAGAUUACAUUGGAAGAGAAGAGCUAUUGGAGGCUUUGAAGAGGCAAAAAGGUACCUUUGAAACAGGUCAAGAAGACAGUACUGAAAUCCCUGAGGAAUUAAAGCUUCGGUUGGCAUACAGAGAAGCAGCUGCUGCUGUUCUUGCAUGUUACUAUCCAGAUUCUCACCGUCCAUUUAUUGAGACUGAUAUCCACUCCAUCCGUAGUAAGCCAAAUAUGCAUUAUGCCGAAGCAUCAGGAAGAGCAUUUCUGAGAAAAUCUGAUUAUGUAAACUCUAUAGUGCGAGCAUGUGCACCAAGAGUUAUUGAGGAGGAGAUGUUUGGUGUGGAGAACUUGUGUUGGAUUUCUGCAAAGGCUACAUCAGAAGCAUCGACUCGUGCAGAAUUUUUGAUUCUCCAAACAGGGAUGACAGCAUUUGGCAAAGCAUACUACAGAAAUCAGAGCGAUCUUGUGCCCCAUCUUGCAGCAAAGUUGGAAGCUCUCAGGGAUGAGUACAUGCGCUUUGCUGUGGAAAAAUGUUCAUCUGUGCUGAGGGAAUAUCGUUCAGCAGUUGAGACAAUUACAGAUGUUUUGCUUGAGAAAGGACAGAUUAAGGCAGAGGAAAUUUGGGAUAUAUACAGAAAAGCCCCACGAAUUCCACAACCACCUGUGCAUCCAGUUGAUGAGUAUGGGGCACUUAUUUAUGCUGGAAGAUGGGGAAUUCAUGGUAUCUCCUGUCCUGGGAGGGUUACCUUUGCACCUGGAAAUGUGGGUUUUGCUACAUUUGGUGCACCCAGACCUUUAGAGACACAGAUCAUCAGUGACCAAACAUGGAAGUUAAUAGAUGGCAUUUGGGACAAAAGGAUCCAGGAGAUCAAAGAUGAAGUCUCUAUGCAGGUUGAAGAAGACACAGAAAAACCACAGUUGUUGAUGGCUGACCACUUCCUUUGAGGAUUCCAUUUGAUUAAACCUAGGCGCACAGGGAUGUCUCAAUUGUUUCUUCAUGCAGAUGGACUUGGGGUUUGGCUCUGAUCCAGUUGAGGUGCAUGCAGUUUUGCUGCCUAAAGUUACUGAACAGAAGCUUGUGUUAAGGUGAGUGAAGAUACAUGUAGCCACUUUGUCCGAACCCAUCAGUUUAUCACUCCUCUCUAUGAGUAUAUUGUUUUCUGAUGAACAAUGGAGUGGCACCAAGCAGGUCAGGCACUCCAUGCUAGUUACUUAUUGAGAUCAGUCAAUUUGCUUCUCCUUCCAAAUGAAUAUAUUGUUUUGAUGCGCAAUGGAAUGACACUCCAAGGGGUUCAGGCACUCCAUGCUAAUUACUUGUUGAGAUCUUACAAUUUCAUAGGGAGUCAUCCAAGCCUCACCCAAAAGUUUUGUAGGCGAAAGUCAUGCAACUCAGCACUCUCAUGGUUCCACAAUCUAUCGAAGACCAGAACCAGUCUUUUGAAACAUAUCUGAAGGUACUGAGAUCCUAUCAUCUUCUGUACCAGUGUGUGAUGUGAAUGUAAUGAUACAGAUUGCUCCCUAAAUGUUGUUAAAAAUAUAUUUCUGCAGUUAAGUGUGCCUUUGUUCACGAUGCCUCUGUUUCUGUUAGUGAGCUGUUUAUUUGCUAGUUUGUUUUUUCUUGGACAUGUCUUCCACUUAAAUUUAUUGCAUUCUUGUGUAACAUAUUUGUUUCCUGAUAUUUAUCUAUUUUUUGAAAUUAUUAUGAA